CCAUUCCGUCUCUUUAAUCCCCCCGUGCUCUUCCUCUUGCUAUGGCGGAGAUGGACGACGCGGAUGAUCUCGGGUUGCCUCCUUCUCAUGGCGGGGGAUCCGGAUCGAAAUCUGCUGGGGACAAGAUGUUUUCACUGAAGAAAUGGAAUGCAGUGGCGAUGUGGAGCUGGGAUGUGGAGUGCGACACGUGUGCGAUCUGCAGAGUACAAGUUAUGGAUGCUUGUCUGCGCUGUCAGGCUGAGAAUAAGCAGGAGGACUGUGUUGUGGUCUGGGGAGAGUGCAACCAUUCAUUUCACAACUGCUGCAUGUCCCUAUGGGUGAAACAGAAUAACCGCUGUCCUCUUUGUCAGCAAGACUGGGUUGUGCAGAGAAUAGGAAAAUGAAAGCCUCCACCGUGUUUGAAAUUCUACUUUUGACACGUCUUAGCGUGCAGCCAUGUCUGAAAGGCUGUCAGUUUGCUUGACCCAUUGCCCUUAGAGGAUUAUUGGGAAGUACAAAAGCUGCUGCAGAAUGUGUCCCGUUAUUUAUUUAAUAGAAGCAGUGUGUUGUAGCACGUUGAACAUAUAUAACUUAAACUAUGAGCCUCUGUUACCCUGCUGAGAGAGAAGGAGGGAGAGAGAGAGAGAGAGGGAGGGAGGGGUAAGGAUGAAGAAUCCAUUGUUAUUUAAUUGAUCUCCUUCAUUGCAUUGUGAACAUGAAUUAAAUCUUUUGCUGUUGGAA